CUCGUGAUAUGUGAACGGGGAUUCGGGGAAGGAGGCAGCGACGGGCGGAGGGACCCGGGAGAUGAUCCUCAUCCUGAUGGGGGUCAGCGGCAGCGGCAAGACCGCUGUGGGCUCAUGUCUUGCAAAUAAGCUGGGAUGGAAAUUUUAUGAUGCUGAUGACUACCAUCCUAAAGAAAACAAAGAAAAGAUGGUGAAUGGAAUACCACUGGAUGAUGAGGAUAGAAUCCCCUGGUUGUGCACGUUGCAUGAAAUAUUAAUGAGGGAAAUUUCAUUUGGAGAAAACAUGAUCCUUGCUUGCUCUUCUCUGAAAAGAAUGUAUCGAAGAAUUCUGACUGAAUCUCUACAGUGUGAAAGCAGGCCUUCUGAAGACUAUCCUACCCAGAGCCCCUGCCACAUUUACCAUGGCUAACCACAUGACCUACACAUCCCUGGACACUACAGAGAAAUUCAGCAUAGCCAAUCCACCCAUCUUUGUGCUGUGAGAGGAAACUGGAGGAAACCCACACAGGCAGAGGGAGAAUGUGCAGACUCCACACUGUCACCCAAGGCUGGAAUCGAGCCUGGCUCCCUGGUGCUAUGAAGUAACAGUGCUAAACACUGAGCCACUAUGCUACCCCGUCCCUUACAUAAACACAACAUGUAACAGAGAAUAGCAUCAUAGAGCCCAAGUAAAAUUGAAGGCAACCAGGAAUUGGAGAAAACUCUCCUUUUGCAGAAAGGUAGGUAGCAGUUAUUAUUUGAUAGCAGUAAUCUCAUCUGGAAAAUAUCACGCGGGGUUCUUCAGUUGUGUGCAAACAUCAUCUUCAUAGUGUGACCUUCUCUAUAAAGGUGACAAGUGAGAAUAUAUGACCUUCAGUACCAUUCUACAUAUGCUUCAGUAUCUGAAGAGUUGUGAAACACCCAAGUGUUCCAGUUUAGGUUGAUAUAAAAUCCCUAUGUUACGGAAAGAGGCCAUUCAGCCCAUCAGGUCUGCACUGACUCUCAAGAGUAUCCCCCUCCAGCCCUGUAACCCUGCAUUUACAAUGGCUUAUCAACCAGCCAGCACAUCACUGGACACUACCCAGGUCCCUGGCAUUAUGAAGCAGCAGUGAUGAUAGAUGUUGAUUUCAAUUCCUGGUCUUGAGGAUCUGACAGCAUCGUCUUUGGGUACUCACAUAACUGGCUUAGAUUUUCUCAGCUUCAAAUAACUCCUUCAGGGUUCUAACCAAAAACCCGAGGUCUAGAACUUCCAAACUAAAAUCCUUGCACUGACCUUACCUUUUUGAGCUAACUGUAUGCUCCAGAACUGAUACAAUGGAUCCAGCUUCAACCAGAAUGUCUGCAUGGAACCCAAAAUGCUUUCCAAGCUAUAGAUGUUUCCGUCAGCAAAUCAAAUUAAUUCCUAUUCCUUCUAACUGAAAGCAGACUAAUGACCUUCAAGUCAUUAUUCUUUCUGUAUUUCAAAAGCUGCUAAAUUCCAAUGAGAAAACCAGGAACAUAGACUCAUUUUGAUUUGGAGAUGUCACUAAGUCAUUGAAAAGGUAGGGCUCUUGUGGCAUAGUGAGAGUGUCCUCACCUUCAAGCCAGGGGGCUGUGCUCCAGAGGUGUUUCAUAAUAAACUUGAAUAGAUUGAUUAAAACUAUCCAUCAAUGAAAUGAUCAGCAGUAUCUUGAGUGAUGAAGAACUCAAAGUACUUUAGUCUGAUUUGUCCUGUUGCUCAUUCUAGACCAGUUUAUUUAUGAGGGCACUUUGAGGCACAGGGACCAUCCUGUUCAGGAAAGUGACUGUUUGCAAUGUUAGUAAUUCCAAAAUAAAAAAAAAACUGAUUCAAAAGGUCUCCAGAAGGGAAGCAGAUCAGCUGAAAAGGCUGUCCAAUAUAAAAUUAAACAAAAAUGCAACCCUCAAACGUUGCUCAUGUUUCUGACUGAAGCUCAACAUCCACAACCUCCAUUUGAUAGAUGCAUUCUGACUCCGUGCAAGGCAAUCAGUUUAUUUUAGUUUAUUUAUCUCCAUAAAUAAUGGAGAUUUAUCAAAUGGUACAACAUCAAUUUGACUUCAGGAGGAAAAGGUUUUUAAUUAAUCAAUACAGGCUAGGUGAAGUUUGUUCAUAUUCCUCGGACUGUAAUACAUUAUAAUUAAUCAAGGUCUUACUUUCUAAAGUAAGGAACUCCUGCCCUUGUAUUAGUAGGGAACCCACUUUUAGACAAACAUUUUCUACCAUUAAACAAAGGGUAACCCAGAAACUGACCGACAGGGGCAUAUUGUCAAAUACUACUAGCAGAGUUCAAAAUUAUCACCAUUUGUUACUAGUUACUAGGAAGGUUUCAGAUGGUUUCAUAUUUUAGCAUAUUUGAUUUGGCUUCAGAGGUUAAUAGACAAGUUCUUUUGCGACAACUUGCUUGAGGUAAUUGAGCUAA